AAACCGGAGUGCCCGGAGAAAACGCCGAAACAAAGUGUUGUACAUAAAUAAUAAUACAUCCAUUUUCCGUACCGCUUUUUCCUCACGAGGGUACCUGAGAUGCAGAUCUCUGCAUGAUCAGAAAAAAAGGAAAAUGAGCAAGGUAAUGAAGAAAAAAUAUUUUUUUCUGAAUGUGAAGUGGAGGAGGCACGCAAGAAAAUGCUCUUUGGCAACACGCGAAAGAGGAGUGAAUGGGUCAGCGCUUGUGCGGCUGUCAAUGCUGUGGACACGCUAAACUAAAAAAGUAGUGGUCAUUAAGGUGGAUGUGAAGCGGAGGACAGCUGCCCACCGCCAAAGUGUGGCCGAAAAAACCGGCGCGAAGGGCCUCACCCCGUUCGAGAAGAGAAUCGCUGCGAUCAUGGGUGAUGCUGCUCUCUCAGGGGUGAUGGGAGGACGGCUGACUAUGAUCACCCCACAAGAGGUGCCUGGAGACUGAAAUUGGCGGGUGGCCCCAAGAGAGUCCUCCAGGCAGGAAGGAAGGUAGAGACACUGUGUGACAGGGACACUGCCUCCCCUCCACCUACACCACUGCCACCAUGGCAAGAGAGCAGCCAAGCAUGGGGGACCUCCUCCCGCUCUUGGAUACCGCCGACCUCCAGCAGCUAGAAGAGAUCAGAGGCCUAAUUAAUGAGCAACUCAGUACUGAACGAGGGUCUGUGCUGCUCAACGGGCUGGUGGACUACUUUUUAGAAACAAAUUCUUUAGAGGCCAUCCAUAUCCUCUGCUCAGUCAGAGAGCCACAUGACAAGCACCUUCUAGACAAGAUGAACGAGUGUAUGACCAAACAAGUUUGUCGGCUUCCCACCCUCACCAUGCUCGGCCAUGUCAUCCGCAAGCAGCCAUCCUGGAUCCACAAGAUUGCACGAUACCCUCUUCUGCUGUCGCUACUCAAAUGCCUAAAGAGCGAUACGGAUGUCGUGGUGCUGAUAACUGGGGUGCUGGUGCUGAUCACACUGCUUCCCAUGAUUCCUCAAGCAGGAAAACAACACCUGUGGGAGUACUUUGACAUUUUUGGCCGUUUGGCAUCCUGGAAUCUGAAGAAUCCUGGGCACGUUUCAGAGGUUUACUUGAUCCACCUUCACGCCAGCGUCUAUUCGCUCUUCCACCGCCUGUAUGGCAUGUACCCGUGCAACUUUGUGUCCUAUCUGCGCUCUCACUACAGCAUGAAGGAAAAUAUGGAAACAUUUGAGGAGGUGGUCAAGCCAAUGCUUGAACAUGUCCGUAUCCACCCUGAACUAGUGACAGGGACCAAGGAUCAUGAGCUUGACCCGACUAGGUGGAAAAAAUAUGAAAUCCACGAUAUCGUCAUUGAAUGUGCCAAAGUGUCUCUAGACCCGAAGGAGGCCUCCUGUGAGGAGGGAUACGCCACCAUGCCUGAGAACUUUUACCCUCAAAUCCAUCUGCGACCGCAAGACUGCACUUCCAGCCCCCAUACAGACCUCCACAGCAGCUAUGGAAGCUCUUCAUCAACCCCGUUCUCCACUCCACGGCAGCCGCUGCCUCCGCCCCUGUCUUUGCCCCCCUUCUCAGGGACACACUCAACUAAUCGUAGCCCACAGACCACCAAGCGGCAGAACUCCACCAGUGAACCUAACUCCUCCUAUGGCGGGAAGGACCCACUGUGGAGCCCCUCUUCUUUGUGCGGAAUGACUACGCCCCCUUCAUCUAGAGGCAUGUCGCCCAACUCUGAGCUCUCCCACAGUGCCUCACACCUUCCAAGCCGCUUCCACUGCAAUUCAGGAGGGAAAGGAACAUCUGCCUCCAGUACUCCAGCCACCUCAUCACCACCACCCACCCUAUCGGAUGACUUUCCUAUUAUCUCCUUACCAGCCAACACAGUCCAAUCCAGUCCACCCAGAAAAGAACGCAGACAUGUAGACAGUGGUAAACCUGUACUGGUGAGACAGGAACCUGUGAAAGACGCUGAGAAAAGUAGAGCCACAAACAGAGUCAAUAGCAAUUGUGACAGAUGCAUUUUAUUAGAUGCUGCAGAUGCUGCGAAUGUGUCCAUGACUUUGACGGAGCUCUCAGUUUUCAUGAAGAAACAGGAGUUGGAGCUCCAGCUGAGAACGGAAAAAGAAAAAGAGGAGGCGGCAAUCACAGAGGAGCUGCUCAAGAUCACAGAGGAUAAGCUGAAGAUCACAGAGGUUAAGCAGGAGCUUUCAGGCCUGAGGGGUUUCGACUCUCCUUUCUACCGUACCACUGAGACUCUGACUGGCUGUCAGGCACAAGACAAAAUCGUCACCAACAGCCAGCUUGGAGGGUCCAUCCUGGACACACGCCAUCCAGUGUCAACACCAGAUAAAGUGGAGAAUACUGCAAGCACCAUUGAUGUUGGGAGUGAACAAGGAGGGGGAAUAGGAGACAGCCGGAGUGCAGCCAUCUGCCUUGAUCAGUCCUGGCCCUUCCUCUCAGGUUUCACACCCAUUGAUCACCACCUGCACUGGAGCCCCUCUGCCCCGGAAGAGGAUGUGGGAAAGUUUGGAAUGUUUUCGCCAAGUCCGUGCAGCAAGACCCCUGCCCCGGUGCCAUACGAAGUGUUCUUUGACCUGGCUUUGCCCAGAGCGGCCUCUCUUUACAUCUGCCAGAAGACAUCUGAGGCGGUCCACAAAGCGACACUGGAGAGGCCUUCGAGACGGGAAGAAGGGCUGGAGGAUGGGGAGGAGAAGGGGGUAAUGACUGCUUCACCACUGGAGGUGCUGGAUCGCCUUGUUCAGCAGGGGAGCGACACUCAUGAUAAAGUCCUUAAGAGAUUACCUUUGCCAAGUAAGUCAGCUGACUGGACACACUUUGGAGGGUCAGCUCCAUCUGACGAGCUUCACGUGCUGCGGAGCCAGCUGCUCCUGCUGCACAACCAGCUGCUGUAUGAGCGCUACAAGAGAGAGCAGCACGCUGUUCGCAACAGACGCCUCCUACGACGCAUCAUCAACGCCACCGCACUUGAAGAGCAGAACAAUGCCAUGAAGGACCAACUGAACCUGCAGAGUGUGGACAUCUUGUCUCUGAGGGAGAGUUUGCAGGUAGAGCAGCAGCGCUACAGGCAGCUGUGGGACGACCGAGAGACUGUGGUGACCCGUCUGCACAGUCAGAUCAGACAGCUGCAGCAGGGACGAGAUGACUACUACACGAAGAACCAGGAGCUCCAGAGCAAGUUACAAGAGUGUCAGAAAAGGAUGGGUGAAUUAGAGGCAGAGCUUCAGGGGGCAAAUAACAGAGUGUGUCACACUGGGCACCUGCUCAAACAGAUGACCAUCAAGUUAAGCAACAGUGAGGGCACCCAGCAGCAGAUGAGCUUCCUGAACAAACAGCUACUGCUCCUUGGGGAGGCACAUAAACUGUCCAUGCAGUAUGUAGGUGCAGAUAAUACCAAGUUUACCUCUCUAACACAUGUGCAGCGACCCACCACCCAGGAGGCCCAGAUGCUACAAGUGUCCUACAGGAAGGAGGUGGAGGCUCUGAGACAGAACCUGCUAGUUCAGAGCCAGAAACUUGAAGCAGCCCACCAGAGAACCGUUGAGCUGGAGACCAUCCUCUCCAAGAAAGAACACCUCAUCGCAGAACAGAAGAAGUUUCUUGAGGAUGUGAAAUGUCAAGCAAAAGCAGAACUGCAGGCCUCAGAGAGCAGGUACCAGGCUCAGGAGAGAAUCACCCAACAACUGCAGACUGAAAUCCUGCAGCUCUACAGCAAAGUUGAGAUGGAGGGUCCGACUAGCAGUGCUGGCUUGCCACCAGGGGUCAAAGCUGACCGACACAUAUCUGCUGACUCCAGCAACCUGGUGCAUGAUGGACCAAGUAAAACUUGCACCAAUGAGGCGAUGGAUAGACCACCACACGACUCACCCUGCGGCAACGGCAGCACUUUAUUACCAGGGCAACUAAAGGAAACCAAAUCUUCCAAGACCACUGCCAACUCGGUUAACGGCAGCAAGGAGUCGGGCCCAUCUCUAAUAGUGGAUCCCCCUCCGUCUUGCCCCCACACCAACCUGCUUGCAACUCUGACAUCAUCUGACACACCACUUACUGUAGGCUCCUACCCUAGUGCCAAGAGCUUCCUUGGUAUGAGGGCACGCGAGCUGUUUCGGAACAAAAGCGAGAGUCAGUGCGACGAUGAUGAGGAGGAAGAAGAGGAGGAGCAUCUGCAGCCGCCACGUCUUGCUGGCCUUGCCCACAGCCUGAAGACUGAACUGUACACGGAGUUGCCGUGCCCGAGUUCCGUUGCCCACCUCAGUCCUGUGCCCGCUCCCACUCCCAUGCCAACCAUCCCAACUCCGACCCCUACUUUGGCUGCUUCUUUCACUGUACCCACCAAGGAUUCCUGUGAGCCCAAGCAGCAGGCCCCAAGUCAGGAAAGCCCCCGCAGGAAGAUAGGGCGGGGCCCAUUGGGGACUGGUCGACCCCGGCAGCAGCAGCUAAAGAUUAUGGACUACAAUGAAACACAUCAUGAGCCCAGUUGAGAGACACAAGUGAACCGGGAAGACCGAAGCUAAAGUUUCAAAGGAUUUAAAAAUCAGUCAGAGUAAUAUGUCAGAAACUCUUUAAGAGGCAGUAUUAUUUGUUCCAUUCCUCUGAGUGGACAACAGGAUUCACCCCCACUUUUUUGUUUUUUUUAAUAUCCAAAUCAUCCUGAGACGUAGACAAAACUAUGUAUUGGCACUGGAGAUUUUGAACGUGAACUCGGGUACGACUAAAAUGCUUUAAGAUAACACAAGCAGAAUGUGAACAGAAAACGAAACUGCCAUUUGAGACUUGGGAAUUUGGGUGAGUUUUAAAUGGUCCAUUCAACAACAAUGUUUAUAUCUUUCCACUUUCCUCCAUCCAUACAAAGCUCCUCUGGCCCUACGCCAUGAUCGUGUGGUUUAUAAUGUUAAACAUACAAACAGAUGACACACAAAUCUUCAUUUUGCCUCCAAAUUCUAUUUACUGCAAAUUGGAAAGUGUAUGAGUGGUAGAAACAGAUGACUAUUUAUGCAUUUUAUAGAUAUACUGUACCACAUUCUGACAUGUAUUUACAAUUUUAUUUAUCCAAUCAAGGAUGCUCACAUAUAAAUAUGAAUUUAGAUAACGAAGUGACCAAGACCUAUAAUACAAGACCUAUAAUAUUAGUAUUGACCAUCAUAUUUUUCAAGAUUACCAGGAAUCGUUUACUGUGACAAAAUGCACACACUUCUUAACAGAAGUGUUUCCCCUCAUGUUGGCACCCAAUUGCUUUCUUUCCCUGCUGCACCAACAGCCGAUGAUGUUUCUUGUCCUCUCUCUAAAUCCUGUUGUCCACCAGGAUCUCCUGCUGUCAUGUCCUUCUGCCGCGCUAUCUAUAGCAUGUUCAACAAUCCACUUUAAAUGCCAACCGUAGUAAUUACAGCAACCUAAGAUGGAGGGGACAAUCUGCACAAACUGAAGCAACCAGGACUCUUGAGUGGAUGACAUGGCAAAAAAGGAAGUUCUUAAAGCAAUGGCUUGUGUUUAACUGUGAACAAUAAAGGUCGUCUUCAAUGUUUUGCACUACAA